AUGGCCGAACGACAGUCCUCCACCGGGAGGGUCCACGCACUCAUUGACUAUGAAGAUCGCUAUGUUCAACCCUUGAUCUUGGCUGCUCUUAAGGCGCGCAUGCCCGCCGACGUUUUGGUCUUGAUGCAAACCAUCUCGGAAGCACCUGCUUCGGAUACCAAAUUGCUGCAAUGGAAACAGUACGAAUCUCUGGAUCUGGAUCAUGUAAUGGAGAAUUCUCAAACCAGCCUGAUGAACUCAUAUAUUAUCAGAAAAGCCCUGAUCAGAAAGCAUUAUUUGUCUACCACGGUAUCUCAUUGGUUGACCAAGAACCCCGAAUCUUGUCUGCGGAAGAACGUCAAACCCAGUGUUGAGUUUGAGCUGGAUUUUGCUGAGUUUCUGGAUGAUGCCCUGGUCGAGGCUUUCGAGCUGAGAGAAAGCUUUGAGCAGAACGAGGAACUCGAAGACCCGAAGAAGCAGUGGUGGAUCUUGAAACCUGGAAUGAGCGAUCGCGGCCAAGGAAUCCGUCUUUUCAACUCCGAGGAGGAUCUGACUGCGAUCUUUGAAUCUUGGGAGGAAGAGAGCGAUGACGAGGAAGCCGAGCACUCCGAAGAUGGAUACGAACACAAGGUCGACGAUGAAGAAGACGAAGGCAAUGGUGUGAUCACAUCGCAACUCCGCCACUUUGUUGCACAACCAUACAUCCAUCCACCUCUAUUACUUCCUGCCCCCUUCGCUUCUGCAGAUCGCAAGUUCCACAUUCGCACCUAUAUUCUGGCAGUGGGGGCACUGAAGGUCUUCGUCUACAAGCCUAUGCUUGCUCUGUUUGCUGGGAAGACAUAUACCGCACCAUGGGAGACUGAGGACCCCAACGAGGAACUAGCAAGUCACCUCACAAACACAUGUAUGCAGACUGGCGAGCGUGAAGGCAGCGUACACGCUUUCUGGUCAUUACCUGACGAUGUUUCUGGCCUGCCAUCCGAUUGGAAGCAGAACACUUUCGACCAGAUUUGCAAGAUCACUGGCGACGUGUUCGAGGGAGCCGCCAGGGGCAUGAUGGUCCAUUUCCAACCACUGCCCAAUGCUUUUGAGCUGUUCGGUGUCGAUUUCAUGCUGGAUGCAGAGGGUACUCCCUACCUGCUCGAGAUCAACGCUUUCCCUGACUUUGCUCAGACUGGAGAUGAACUAAACAGCAUCGUACAAGGGCUUUUCGAGGAGGUGGUCGAUUUUGCUAUCAAACCAUUUUUCGGCCUGUCGACAGAGGAAGAGCAAACACCUAAGAGAGAACGCAUGGCCCUGGCACUAGAUAUCGACUUGGGUAGAAACUAG